UGUAGACUUGACAAGAUUUCUUUACAAUGACUUCACGGAAUAUAUCUCGAUUUUGGGAGUGGGGAAAGAAGAUCAUCUGUGUUGGGAGGAACUACGCCGACCAUGCAAAGGAGCUGAAUAACAUCGUCCCAACAGAGCCCGUGUUGUUCCUGAAGACUCCAUCUGCAUAUCUGACAGAGGGCUCACCUAUCCUCAUUCCCAAAUACUCCAACAGUGUACACCAUGAAAUCGAGUUGGGGGUGGUCAUCGGGAAAGGAGGCACCGCUAUCCCCCAAUCCUCCGCGAUGCAACACGUCGCAGGAUACGCCCUGUGUUUGGAUAUGACAGCUCGGGACGUCCAGGAUGACUGCAAGUCUAAAGGUCUUCCGUGGACUCUGGCCAAAGCGUUCAACACAUCUUGUCCGGUCAGUGAAUUCAUCCCCAAAGAGCGUAUACCCGACCCGGGAAACGUGAAGAUCUGGCUCAAUGUGAACGGCCAGAUGCGCCAGAAUGGCUGCACCUCUCAGAUGAUUUUCUCCAUUCCCUUUCUCAUCAGCUACAUCAGUGAGAUCAUCACCCUAGAAGAGGGGGAUCUGAUUCUCACAGGGACUCCCAAGGGUGUAUCUGCUGUGCAGGUGCACGAUGAACUACAUGCUGGCAUAGAUGAUGUUGUCAGCAUGACUUUUAAAGUUGGCAGACUUUGACAGAUCAUUAGCAAACUCUUAAAAUCUGUGUUUUAUGGUACAUUUCUGUAAUUUGCUUUUAAUCAGAGCAGAGAGCUGGAUGAAAUGUAUGGAAUUUCACUGGAGUCAUUAGGCAGGCCUAUUUCAUGCAGAAUGGCCACACUGAUCAAGUACAUUGUUGCAGUUCUGAAACCAGCAGAGGGCAGUGCUUACUCAAAUAUUCUAAUACAGAAUUACAAUGUAGCCUAUUAGACUAAAAAAAUGUAUUGAUUUUACAAUGGGAAAUAUGAUAGAUACAAAACUUGAA